AUGGCAUCCGGUGCCGGCCGCAUUCGGAGGGAGCGCACCUUUGUAGGAAGUGAAUGCGCCGUCUGCGAGGAGCCUCUGGAGCACACGCUGCAAGGUGAACGCAUCUUGCAAUUCUCGUGCUCGCAUGUUUCUCACGAAGCUUGUUUCUACGAGUUCAUCCGCGAAUUCGAAGCGCAGUACUGCCCCUCAUGUGAUGCGCCGCUGCAUCUCGACACCAGCCGGGGUGGCAACGUCUUGGAUAUCGAGAAGAUCAGCAGUAUGGUCAAGUCGAGCCACUCUAGCGACAACAGGUCAAAUCAUACUCCCACCCCUACUGCCACGCAAUGGGACACCCCAACGCCGCGCCCGACAAGCAUUGAGUCGAAUCAAAGGAAUAUGACCAGUACCCACACCCGCGAAAGCGCGCCUCGGAGUAGCGGGCGCGACAGGGACAGUAGCCAACCGGCAACGUCGGAGCGAUACGGCCCUUCGAGACAUGCUCGCAGCGAUAGCGAGGCCACCGGCGUGGCAUCGUCUGGUGGCUACCCCGAGACGACGCAGAGCGGCCCGCCACGCAGGCACGACUACGACGUCCAGGCAAUGGAAACGACGCCGGGCAGCCCACGUGGCAUCACCAGGAAUCCGAUCCCGGCCCCGACUGUGACCGUUCGGUCCGAGUUCCCCACCAUCAACAGGUCUCGCCAGCAGCAGACCUUGACCUGUCUCAUCACCGUCGAAGUGCCUGACAACAAGUGGCGGCCCGACCCCGAGGACCUCGGGUCAGCCCCGCCUGGCCUUCCCGCCGUGAACGCUCGAAUCGACGAUGCAUUUGCGAGACCGCCAUCUCCGGCCCGGAGUGCGCCGCGGUUCUACCCGUACGAGUCGAGGGAGGUGCUGGAGGAGAUGACGGAGAACCUCAGAAGCCGGGUGGACAACUGGCACGGCCUUGACUUCAGCAGAUUUGGAAAAUUGAGGCUGUAUGGCACACUGCGCGUCGGCAAGGACAAGCAGUCUUGGCAGGAGCUCGAGUGCUUCCUGUUCGCCGAGAUGCUGAUCUGCGUGAAGGAGAAGAAAGUACCCCUCGCAGGGCAGUGGGACGAGAAUGGCAUGCCCAAGAAAGCCGUCCGCUGCACGCUGAAAGGGUCGAUUCUCAUCAAGAAACACCUCAACGAGGUCUCGGAGACGGGCAGCAUCGAUGAGAACGUCCUGACGCUAAACCUUUCUGUCGCGGAGUUGCCUCAAUUCCACCUGAGGUUCGAGAACCGUAAUCAACUGAAGCUUUGGCACCAGGCCUUGCUUGACUUGAACGCCGUCGAGACGUCCCCCGUGCGCAGCCCGGAGUACGACCGGGGCGAGUUCUCGGAGACAGACGAGGAGGACUGGCAGCGGGUCUCGCGACAGCAGAGAGUGUCGUCGGUUGCCUCGUCAUGGGGCGGUCCCAAGUCGGUCACCACGGCGCCCACAGAGUACACUAAUUUCCAGAGGAGCCCGACCAUGCCCACCUCGAUCCACGUGCCGAUCGAUGUUGUCGUCGUCGUGCCCAUCUCCUCGUCGAUGCAGGGCGUCAAGAUCAACCUCGUCCGCGACGCCCUCAAGUUCAUGGUCAACACCCUCGGCGAAAGAGACAGGAUGGGCCUCGUUACCUUCGGGUCUGGGGGCGGCGGCGUACCUAUUGUUGGUAUGACCACCAAGGCCUGGCCCGGCUGGAGCAACGUUCUGUCCUCCAUCAAGCCGGUCGGCCAGAAGAGCCACCGCGCCGACGUUGUCGAGGGUGCGAACGUCGCCAUGGAUUUGCUCAUGCAGCGCAAGUACAACAAUCCGAUCGCAACCAUCAUGCUCAUCAGCGACGCAUCGACCUCUGAUGCCGACAGCGUCGACUUUGUGGUGUCUCGGGCCGAAGCAGCCAAGAUCACCAUUCACUCCUUUGGUCUCGGCAUGACGCACAAGCCGGAUACGAUGAUUGAGCUGUCCACCCGCACCAAGGCGUCAUACACGUACGUCAAGGACUGGAUGAUGCUCCGCGAGUGUCUUGCCGGGUGCCUCGGUGCCAUGCAGACGCUCUCUCACCAGAACGUCAAGCUCAAGCUGAAGCUGCCCGAGGGAUCGCCGGCCAAGUUCCACAAGAUCAGCGGUGCCUUGCAGAUCACGAAGCGGGCGACCGGCCGCGACGCCGAGGCCUCGCUGGGCGACCUAAGGUUCGGCGACAAGCGCGACGUUUUGGUCCAGCUUGUCAUUGUGCCGGACAACACGUCGCAGGAGCAGCUGCCCCAAGACCCCUGGGACAACAUUGUAUCCGGUCUGGAGGCGCUCGGUGGCACCGGCGAUGGUGACGACCAGCGAAUCACGUCUGUGGAGGAGGUUCCUUUGAUCCAGGCGGACCUCACGUGGGGAGACAUCCUGCGAGACGGCACGCUGUCGCAUCUCCCCCGCCCAUCUCUGCUCGCCAUCACCAUGCUCCCCGCCUUGGCGAAGCAAAAGAAUUCGUGGGCCAACUCACCCCCGAUCCCGCCUCACCCGCACAUCGUCCAGCGGCGCAUGGAGCUGCUGACGUCGGACAUGCUGACCCGUGCUUUGACGCUCGUGUCACGCGGGCAGCACGACCGAGCCCACACCCUACUCAACGAGACCCGGUCCAUUCUGAAGGGGCUCGGAAAGGGCGGCCUUCCCCCCAUCCCUCCGCCGACGGCGCCGCCAAACAGAUCCCUUCCGUCCACCCCGCACCUAGGGAACGACGCUUCACCAUCCAUCACUCCCGACAGGAAGCAGACACCGUCCCCUACACAGUCCGCCAACUCGUCCGCUGUCAACGGGUACCCGGCCGCGGCCAUUGGGCGCAGCCGGUCCAACGAUGGCCUCGGUCUGGGCGCUGGCAUCGACGCCAAUACCGUCGCCGCCCUGGACGCCGAGCUUGAGAGCAGCCUCGAGUGGAUCAGUCACCCUGCCGUCUUUGGCCGCGAUAGCCGCAAGGCUGUUCUGCAAGCCAUCGGGGUCAUCAGCUCCCAGCGCGCCUUCACCUUCCGCACACCCAUCGAGGCUCUUUGGGCGGGCCGUGUUGCGGGUGUGAAGAAGCUGACGAGCAAGAGCCGUGAGUGGCGCGACGAAGGUGGCGGCGAGGGCGGCAUCAUGGAGGAGGCUUGA